CUUUUAUAUCCUUGACAUCAAGUAAAGUAUAAAAGCAGGGUUCUUUCUGGAACUUCACAAAAUCUUCCUCUGAGUUUCUGAAAGCAACAAUCUGAAAACCAAGGUUCAUCAUGGCAAUGCUGAGAAGUCUUCUGCUUCUUUUCACUGUGUUCUCCAUGGGGAAUGCAGAUGUUGAUAGAGUUGAAAAAUGCCCCUUUGGAUGGACAAAUUUUGGAGUCCGAUGCCUCAAGUUCUUCUCUCAGCAGGUUAACUGGAUCACAGCACAGAAAAACUGCCAAAGUCUGGACGCAAAUCUCGCUUCUGUGCACAAUAAACUGGAGAACGAUUUUCUGAUAAGUCUGUUGCCUUCUUCCACACGCUGUUGGAUGGGUGCUCAUGAUGGUGAACAAGAUGGACAGUGGCUGUGGAGUGAUGGAACUCCCUAUGACUACACCAACUGGUGCUCUGGGGAACCUAACAAUUAUGGUUCACCUGAGAACUGUGGAGAGAUCAAUUUUUCCUCUAACAGUUGCUGGAAUGAUCAACUAUGUUCAACCGGAAUGGGCUAUCUUUGUGCUAAAGACCUGUGAGAUCAUAUGCAGUCAUCCUGCUCCACAUUUACUUUGAUUGUUCUACAUUUACAUUUUCCAAUCUUAUCUUUACAAAAUGUUCUGAACUUUAGUUUCUUCUCACUGACACAUUCCUCAAAUCAAUAAAAACAUUAAAG